AUGUUGAAAUGGGCUAUUUUGGUAAAUGGGAACGUCUGCAGGAAACCCGCUGCAGUCCAUCCUUCAGGCUCUGCUUGGUCACUCUCGUCUUGGUCAGAAAGCAAUUCUUCAUCUUCGGAAGAAGAAGAAGAAUUAUUGCCCUCUUCUUCCCUAUACAUGCAAAUAAUUUACAACCUUGACUUCCUAUCUUUAACAUUUGCACCCCAAUCUGCACCUACAUAUCCUUCUAAUGAGUUGCGCGCGAACCGCGUUAGCGAACGCCAGUUUUGUAGUCGACCCGUGCGCCUACGCGAUUUUUUAUUAAUCUACCCGCGUAAAUUGAUAACUUUGAAUGACGACGGUUUGAGUGACGAUAGUAGUUUAAAUGUGAUACAAAAUGAUGAUGAUAUAUGUGAAGUAUUAAACAGUGAACGUGGUAAUUCCGAGUCAAUGCCGAAAACAGGUGAUAAGAGACCGAGAGAGACGGAAGAUAGUAGCGAGGAUGGAUUUGUCACUGUCUCUAGAAGAAAACCGAAGAAACUCGUCCGAAGUGAAUCUCAUGAAAGAGAAAUGUCAAUUAAUGGAGAUAAUGAAAACAUUUAUUUUGAAGUAAGUUUAUUUGGAUUACAGAUACUACCGAAACAGAUGGCUUUUGCGAGGUUAUUAAAAGAUGAAAAUAUUAAAAAUGUAACAAAAAUUAAAUAUAAAAGUCCAUAUAAAAUAUUUAUACAGUUAAGCGAUAAAAAUGAAGCCCAAAAACUUAUUAAUUGUAAAAAAGUAAACGAGAUGGAUAUUAGGGCUCAAUUUACGAAUCAGGGUAAUUUGUCUUACGGAAUCAUUAAAGGAGUUGACUUAGAGACAAACGAAAAGGAGCUCUUAGAUAGUUUAAAUUGUGAAUAUGAUAUUAUUUCAGCUAAACGAUUGAAACGUAUGAAUUAUGAAGGUAGGUGGAUUUACAGUGAAUCGUUCAGACUAUGUUUCAGAAACCCGGUUACGCCUUUAUACAUAAAUGCAUAUGGAUUUAAAUUUGAUGUCGUACGUUUCGAGUUUCCUGUGACUCAGUGUUCUGGAUGCUGGAAAUACGGACACAUUAAAAAAUUUUGUAAGUUGAAUAAAAAUGUGUGUCCAAAAUGUGCUGAACACCAUGAUAAUUGUGAAGUUAAAGAGUUCAAAUGCAUAAAUUGUAAAGGACCACACAUGGCCCUGGAUAAGACAUGCCCUUUCUUUAAAAAAGAAAAAGGCAUACUUUAUAUAAUGAGUCAAGAAAAUGUAUCAUAUAAAACCGGCUUAGAGAUAUAUUUGAAAAAUCUGAAAGAAAAGGAAUUAAGUUGUGUCAGAGAGGAGAUCAACACAGAAAUGGACUCCAGUUAUAUAGAAAAAAAUCCAGUGAAUAUGAGAGGUAAAACAUAUAGCAGCGUACUCAAAACGUCGGCGACAAUACAUAAUAACGAAAUGAAAGAUGAGCAUUUGAAUGAGAAAGUGAUAAAUCAAAACAAAAAUAAAUUUAAGAAAACGAAUGUUCAUACAAAUUAUCAUAGGGAAAAUCAGAACUUGAAUAUAGAUAACGAUGAAAUUAUGGAAAGUGAUCAAGAUACACAAGAAAAUCCAGCAGAAAAAGAAAAAAGGAGACGACAAAGGAGAUUUGACUUAAAAAAUUUGCUUAAAAGAAUAAAGGAAAUUAUCGUAUCUGAAGGAAAUAUAAGCGAUAAAGUGAUGUUAGUGGUAAAAGCUAUAAUUGAAGAGUGUAAGUUGUUUUUAGCUAACUUUUUGAAUGAAGGUAAAUUAUAUGACAUUUUUUCAAAGAUAAUAUUUAAUGGAUAA